GUCCGGUACGCCCUGGCAUGUUUCGAUUCAGCUCGUCAAAGCGCAUUGAACCUUAUCAAGGCGUUCCGUGCGGUACGUUGGCCUGCUCCUCAUGUCGAAACUUGGCAAUUCUCACCUCCAUUUUUUCCAAUCUCAGUAUUUUUUUACUAGUGGCAAGAUCGUUGAUAUUUCCACUUUAUCCUGAUCACAAUAAACCCGAGUUUUAUUAUUCAAAACUCAACGAUCAUUUAAAAUUCGAUUCACUCGAAGCUUUCCUCAUCCACUUAACUCAAUCUCACGUUCAAGACGAAAAUUCUGUUCGUCAAUGUCGUGCCCAAAUCGAGCUUGUAGACAAUUUAGAAAGGAAGUUAACGAGUGAACGUUCUCGACUUCAAGCAAUGAUUACACAUUUUCAACAAGUACAGGAAACACAACAACAGCAACAAACUUGUUCUUCCCUUUCUUCUUCUACUGCAACAACAACAACAAGUAUUUCAACACAACAAAUAAAUAAAAGAGAAAAUAAUUUAGAACAAGAAUAUCAACAACAACAACAACAAAACAUUUUAAAUUCAAUUACUCAACAAAAAAUUUAUGAAGAACAUCUUAAUCAACAACAACAAUUACUUCAGCAUUUGCCAUCAACAGAAGGAUUGCAGUUAAAGGAGAAUCUACUUAAUUCGUUAGAAGAUUCUCAAAAACUUUCUUCAUCACCUCAACACUUUUCUUCUCAUAAAUUACCCUCCUCCUCCUCCUCCUCAUCAUCUACAUCAAUUCCUCAACAAUCGGCAGCUACAGCCUUAGCAGUACUUUUAGCAUCCUCAAUUAAAGAAGAACAACAACAACAACCUCCUUUACCUUCACAAACACCCCAAUCUAACAACAAUUUUUUUACAUCAGCAAAUCCUUCAACAACACCUUUUUCAGCACUUUUAAAUGCUGCAGCAGCAAAUAAUAAUUCUGUUAAUUCACAAGUUCAACAAACUGUGGACUUUAAAUUCUCCAAUUCUGGUUCUCUCCCAUCAUUAACAUCUUGUACCAAACCUUCAGAAGCAGCACCUCUAAUUGCAUCAGUUGCCAAUAUACCUUUUUUGGAACAAGCAUUUUCGCCUCCAAUUUCUCAACAAAAAUCUGAAGGAAAUUCUGCCACUUAUUCUUUACCACCAUCAACGCCAACUAUCUCCACAUCACAAAUUAACUUACAACAACAAAACCAAACAACAACUUGUUUACCAUCAACCUCAGAAUCUCUUAAUAAAAAUGAAAAUGUUAUUGCUUCAAUGGCUGCUCGUUGUUCAUCAAUACUUUCCUCUACAGAUUAUUCUUCUCCAACUCCAAGUGCUUCUUUUGAUAAAAAUACAUCGUCCACAACAACCACAACAACAACAAAUAUUAUUCCUUCAAUAAAUAGUUCGAAUAGUGGUGCUAGUAGAAGGAGAAUAACAACAGAACGUUCUUUGCCUUUAGCUAGCGAUAUGGCCAAAAAUAGGGAAUUUUAUAGAACUCAUGAUGUUAGGCCGCCUUAUACUUAUGCAUCGUUGAUUAGGCAAGCAAUAAUGGAAUCAAAAGAUUGUCAGCUGACUCUUAAUGAAAUUUACCAAUGGUUUCAAGAAGCUUUUGUUUAUUUCCGAAGGAAUGCUGCUACGUGGAAAAAUGCUGUUAGGCAUAAUUUGUCUCUUCAUAAAUGUUUUACUCGUGUUGAACAGAAUGUUAAGGGGGCUGUUUGGACUGUUGAUGACAGCGAGUUCUACAAACGACGGCCUCAACGUAGCUCUUCCUCGCGUAGUGCCCCGAAGCAUUCCUCCUCCAAUGUGCGUGCUACACCUGGCGGUCUUCGAAGUGUUGCGAGUACAAGUCAUUUCAACACAUCUUUGGGUGGUCAUCAUUCCGGAAAUUAUUUGUUUUGUCAAGGAAAGGAAGGAGGUGAUGAUGAUCAAAUUGACAACACAACAAUGUUGGCACAACAAAUAAAGCAUGAAAUGAUGGAAAGUUGUGCAAGUACCCCUGCUAGAUUAAUCCACAGCACGUCAGCUACUUUAAAAGAGGAGAGUGAGGGUGAAGGAGGGGGAGGACAUAGAAAUUUGAUUCUUUCAUUUGGUGGUGCUCCUUUCUCUUCUACAGGUAUGGUCUUCGGAAAUUCUGAAACUUGAGGAAAAUUUCUGUUAUGAUUCUGAAAAAGUCGAAUCUCAUAGCUAAAAAAUUGUAUCUUAUAAUGAGGAGUUUCUUAAAUAGGGGCCUGCUUAACAGCUCCCU